UCAGCGUUGCCUAGCGACCUUAAACAAGUCCAGGGAAGAGUCGCAGCGGCUGGAGAAGUUUCUUGAGACUUUAGUUAAAAUUUACUGCAUUAAUUGACAAAACACAGAGUUAAAGAGUAAAAUCAGCGCUGGUUUAUAUUAAUAAUCAUAUAAUGAUAUGAAUUCGGAGGCGGGAGUUUUCUGCUGUUCGUGUUUCUGUUGAAACUGUUGCUUUUCAACUGUAAAAUAGGAUUCAGAAGAGGAAGCCCACUGAGGAGAAACAGUAAGUAAAAUACGUACCACCAGGUCGGUGGACAGAUCAUGUCCUUCCCACCCUCUCAUAGGGGGACACUGAGGGGUCCGGCUGGACCAGGCAGAGAGGAUGCUGGGAAGCGGACAGAAGAGACGUCAGCUCCUCUGACGCUGAAUCUUCCUCCGGUGGACAUGGAGCUGCUGAGGUCGAGGCUCAUCUCAACAGCAGCAACCAGGAGCGUCCGGCCAAACCCGGAUGUCCUGGUGUUCAAAAGCUGGACCAAGACUCAGGAGAGACAGCCGGCCGCUCAGAAACCCGUCCAGCUGGAGACACUGGAGCGUAACCAGCCGGAGUCCAUUCAGAGGAAGAACAGGGAGGAGCUGAUCAGUGCUGGUUGGAAGCCCCGCCCCUCUUUCUCUGAAGGGGCCGAGUGGACGGAUUCCACCAUGGAGAGAUAUCCUUCUGCUGUCCAACUCCCCCGCAUACCUGACCACCUUAAAGAGAGACAGGUCCAGUUCACCCAGGGCAUGCUCAGCUCUUCCUCUUCACCCAAAAUACCAAAGAGCUCCACCAGAGGCCGCAGCGUCACAUUGGCUCCCAUUAUCCACGCCCCCUCUCUACCCCUGCCCAAUCCGCUGCUUUUCAGCUCUGUAGAGGAAGUGAUCCAUGCUCAGAUUCGCUCCACUGCUGAAAUCCUGCAGGUCAUCCGGAACAACCCUCACCUGGGCUUCCUGUACAUGACGUCUGCAGUCCCCAAAUCAUCCAACAAAUACGACGCUUUCAGCUUCAGGAUCGUUACGUACAAGAACAUCAACAAGUCAGACUAUUACACCAUGAGUCCAGAUGGCGUGAUGCACCACUGUGACGGACAGGUGGACUUCCUGCCUCUGGCACGCUGGGAGCAGGAGUAUCAUUACCACAGACGACUCCUGCAAAUCCCGUUCUUCUCCCUCUUCCGCAAGUGGAAGGCCUUCCGUGUGUGGCGCACCAACGUACGAUCCAAAAACAUCAAGAAGUGCAAGCAGUCGCUGCAGGAGCGCCUCUUCAUCAUCAAUGAGUUUCUAGGGCCGGCUCUGAUUGACAUAAAGGAGAUGUCUUAUCGCAUCAGCGACAUGGGCCUGUGCAGAAUGGAGAAGGAGCACACGUACACACUGCAGGAGUUCACCAACGCCCAGUGCAGCCAACUCAUAGAGGUCUCCUCUCGUUUAGAAGAGUUUCGAGAGCUGGUAAAGGAGGUCGCAGGGACCGCCUGCCAACUAGCCCUGCAGGAGGCUGGAUACAUCCCUGACUAUAUCAGCUUUGAGUCUGAUGGAGCCGAAAGUGCUGAAAGUAAUCACCAUGGCAAUAUGGACUUCUUUGAAAAGAAGAUGAGCUUCACAGAGCAGGCCAACAAGAGAUACCACUGCAAUCGACUUACCUGUUUUGUCCGCCUGACUGAUUAUCUGAUAAUGAACACGAUGCACGAGCUGGUCGUCCGCUCCAUCACCAAGAUACUGAGUGCUCUUCAGGAGAGGAACACACACACACCCUCACACACACUCAUACAGAGCUGGGUUAGCAGUGAGUCAAGUCAGGUGAGUAUUGUACCAGAGCAGAGCGCAGAUGAUUCACUUUUGCCCAUGUUCAUCACAGAGCUGAUGCUGGACACACACAUGCUCUCCUUCCAGCCUUCAGUCGAUGACUUCCAGGAGAGUAUAGCAGAGAUCAUCUCCUGUUUUCAGAAGACGGUGCUUUCACUGGAUCCUCUGGUUCCAGAUUCCUACUUUGACUCCUUUACUCAGCCCAUUAUUAACAAAAAGACGGAGGAAAAGAUGUGUGGCGAGGGUCCGAGUUUGGAGGUCACUCUUAAAGAAGACCAGAACCUGCAGAACAUCAUCAGCAGUAUCAAGGAUUCUGUUAAGUUUGCAUUUGAUGCAGCGAACAGAUACGCUGACUCGUUCGAGCCGUUCCGCCUUUUCUACAAAGAGAACGAAAGCCUGGAUCUGAACGUCCUUAAAGAGCAGGACCAUGAUGUGGGCUUUUUUGAGGAAAGCAUGGAGAAGUAUACUCUGCAGCAGAAGAAAGCUUUGGGCAUCAAGCCAACGAGACAUGUGGGGAUGCUCCUGGUGGACACCUCCCAGCUCAAGAGCAAACUGACCCCGUCCCCACUGCGCUGCCUAGAGGCCAUCAAUGACAUGCUGCCUCUUCUGGCCAAGAGGAAGAUGGAUUCCAUCAUCGCUGAGGCACAGGAUGCUCAGUUUAGGCUGGACCUUGCUCCUACUACCACUACUGAAUAUGUCAACGCCCUCAACUUUCUGGAAGAGAUCCAGGAACGGAUUGAAGUUCUGGAUGAAGAAAUGAAGACAGUGUGUCUGAUGUACGCGCUGAUCGAGAGCUACUCCGUGCCCACGCCGCCAGAGGACUUCGCUGUGUUCGCGACGCUCAAGCCGUCCGUAGCAGCAGUGAGGAGCGCCAUUGAUAAGGCGCUGGGGGAGAAAGAGGCUAACGUGGUGAAGUUCUGUGAGCUCCUUCAGCAAGAUAUCAAUGAACUUAACAAGGAGGUGAUGAACGUCAGACAGAGAGCAGAGAACUCUCAGAUUCUGGACAUCGACGCCGACCGGGGUAAAGUGCGGAUGCUGCUGGGAGAAAUCCAGAUCUCCAUAGACGAGCUGCAAACUCAAGCCUUCAGCUACAAAUCCUACCAGACGAACUUUAAGGUGGACGUGACCAAAUACGAGUCUCUGGAGGAGCUGAGUGCUGAGGUCAAGUUGAAGCAUUUGUUGUGGGAUGCACUGGAGGAAUGGGACAGUCUGCAAAACGACUGGAUGCAGACUAAGUUUGAUGAGCUGGACCCAGAGCUGCUGACUACCCAAGUCUACAAGUAUGGAGAAUAUGUGAGCCAGCUGGAGAAAGGGCUUCCACCCAACAGUGUUGUACCUCGCCUCAAGGCUGGCGUGGAGUUCGUGAGAGAAAAGCUUCCGGUGAUCAGUGUCCUGCGUAACCCGUGUCUGAAAGCUCAUCACUGGGACACGCUGGAGAGCAUCGUGGGCUGCAGUCUGCUGAAGCAACCUCUCACACUCAGCGUCCUUCAGGAGCUCAACAUCUUCACCUACAGCCAUGAGAUCCAGCAGGUUUCAGAUCAGGCAUCGGGAGAAGCAGCUCUAGAAGCUGUUCUAAAAAAGGUUGAGGACUCCUGGAAAACAACUGAAUUUGUGGUCUUGCCGCAUCGAGACUGUAAGGACGUGUUUAUUCUCGGCGAGACGGACGAUAUCCAGGUGUUGCUGGAAGACAGCUCCAUUAAUAUAGAUACAGUAGCAUCUUCACUCUAUGUGGGUCCCAUGAAGGCCAGAGUGGACGAGUGGCAGAGACUGUUGAACCUGUUCAGGCAGACCCUGGAGGAGUGGUUGACGUGUCAGAGAAACUGGCUCCAUUUGGAGAGCAUGUUCGGUGCUCCUAAAAUUCAGAGGCAGCUUCCCGCCGAAGCCAAGAAGUUCAUGCAGGUGGAUAAAUCCUGGAAAGAGAUCAUGAGGAAUGUCAACCGCCUGCCUAACGCCCUGCGUGCUGCAACACAGCCAGGGCUUCUGCAGACCUUCCAGGACAAUAACGCUCUACUGGACCAGGUCCAGAAAAGCGUGGAGGCUUAUCUGGAGUCAAGAGUCAACUUCCCUAGGUUCUACCUUCUCUACAACCAUGAGCUGCUGGAGCCUAUCCUGGAACAGACGAGGAACCCAGAAAAGCCUCACCUCAGGAAGUGUUUCGAUGUCCAUGUGGUCUUGUAUUCCAAAGGCUUUGAGUCCAGUAAGACUCUGGCGAGGGAGAUGACUCAGAUGUAUAAACUGUGCAGGGAACAGCUCUCCCAGCAGGACCACUACGACUUUGGCAUGAGGGCUGUCAAAUCCGCUCUUGUCACGGCCGGGUACGCUGAUCUGAGAACAAAUGAGGACGUUGUGUUGAUAAGAGCGCUGCGAGACUCCAACCUGCCCAAGUUUCGCCUCGACGAUGCUGUGCUUUUUGGUCAGGUUCAGAAUUUAACGGUAGCUAGUUGCUGUGGGAUGAUGUAUAUAGACCCUGAGGACCUGAAGUGGAUGCUGUAUGUUUAGACAUGGAUAACAGGCCUCUCGAAUAAAGUAAACCCACUGCACUUAGAUUCCAGCAGAAGGCUGAACAGCAUGCUCUGCCAGACGUUCAUGUUCUGCUACCUGUGGGCGGUGGGAGGGAAUUUGACGGACAGCUGCAGGGAUGCGUUCGACAGCUUCGUCAGGCAGCAGUUCGAGGACAACAGUGAUGCCACGCUUACCAGUGGAGGGGACCUGUGGAGUGUGUAUAUGGAUUUUCGUAGCAAGCGUCUGGAGCUGUGGGAAGGAAUCGAGCUGGGCAUCCCCAUCAGUGUGAGCUUCAGUCUAAUGGGAAUCCUGGGCGAUCCCUACGAGAUCCGUCAGUGGAACUCCGAGGUUCUGCCUCGAGACAACAUCUACACCGAGAGACGCUGGCCACUCAUCAUCCACCCUCAGGAUCAGGCCAAUAGUUGGAUUCAUUCCAAGGAGACAAAGAACGGUCUGAAGGUCAUCAAGCUGACGGAUUCAGGCUUCCUCCGCACACUGAGGAUGUCAUCUCGGCCAACCCAGGUAGCGUCAGAGGCUAUUAAAUCUCGUCUGGAGGAGGCGGAGGCUACGCAGCUGAUGAUAAACACAGCCAGGAAGGAGUAUCGGCCCGUGGCUACUCGUGGCUCCAUCAUGUACUUUGUCAUUGGAAACCUGUCCGGGAUUGACCCCAUGUACCAGUUUUACCUCAAGGAUUUCAAACAGAUAAUGUACAAUUAUAAUAUAAUAAUAAUAUUGACCGAGUUUGUGAUAGUGAUUAUGGGAAAGCUUGAGAAUAUUCCAGUGAAUCUGGCAACCCUGUAUGCGAAAAUGUCGCUCAGCACUAGCUCUGACCCGAUGGGGGCUUUCUAGUGGUUUGCCAAGGAGAGGGGAUACCUGGACAGGGAGUCUAUCUCUCUGGGACAGGGACAGGGUCCGAGAUAGCGGAAAAGAUGAUAUGGGGAGGCGGUGAAAACCGAAAACUGGAUCUUCCUGAGGAACUGCCACCUGGCCGUCUCCUGGAUGUUCUCCACGGAGGAAAUCUUCAAGACUUUCACUGAGCAAGAUGAGAGGAAGAAGUUCGGACCCCUGGGCUGGAACAUCCGUUAUGAAUUCAAUGACAGUGACCGGGGAGUGUGUGCUCUUCUCAACCUGAACCUGUACUGCCAGUCCGGCAGUGGAAAAAUUACUUAUGGAGGAAGAGUUACGGAUGCGCGGGAUCAACCCAAUGGUUGGCGCACCAUCCUCAAAAGGUUCUUCUUCACGGAAACUCUGGGGGAAGGGUACAACUGGAUAACGCAAGGAAAACUCAAGUCUUGCUGGAUCUCUGACUUCUUCUUUCCUCAAGGCUUCCUCACGGGGGUGCUGCAGAACCAUGCAUGCAAGUACAACCUGCCCAUAGACUAUCUGACUUCAAGAACAAAUAGGUAGGAUAAGGGAACAGAC